AUGAUUCCUCGCGGUUGUAGUAUCAAACCCACUGAUAGGUCUGCCGACCUCGGGUACGCCGACCUCGGGUACGCCGACCUCGGGUACGCCGACCUCGGGUACGCCGACCUCGGGUACGCCGACCUCGGGUACGCCGACCUCGGGUACGCCGACCUCGGGUACGCCGACCUCGGGUACGCCGACCUCGGGUACGCCGACCUCGGGUACGCCGACCUCGGGUACGCCGACCUCGGGUACGCCGACCUCGGGUACGCCGACCUCGGGUACGCCGACCUCGGGUACGCCGACCUCGGGUACGCCGACCUCGGGUACGCCGACCUCGGGUACGCCGACCUCGGGUACGCCGACCUCGGGUACGCCGACCUCGGGUACGCCGACCUCGGGUACGCCGACCUCGGGUACGCCGACCUCGGGUACGCCGACCUCGGGUACGCCGACCUCGGGCCCGCCGACCAUAUCGAUCCCAAAAGAAGUGCCGAACGCGUUCGAAUUACUCCGUAG